AUGGGAAUAGUGGUUGGAAAGCGCAGGGUUGCAAUUAGCAGGAGCGUUGUUGAAGAAGCCCGAGUGAUGUUAAAGAUUGCGAACAAAAGUUCGUUUGCAUUCUAUGGCCAGGGUAGGCUCACGGGUUCUCGGAUUAGAGUGCUGGUCAUAGAUUCUCAAAUGAAAACUAUGUACGUUCUGCCGCCAUCUUCGGCGGCAUAUGCUACCCCUUUCUGCAAAAUCGGUCAACACUGGCGACAACAUGAACUUUAUGUCAACCUUCACGCGACCCGUAAAUUUCGCUCUUGCUUUUUAGAUUUCAUCGUCGUAUUCUGCGCCCUUCUACUUUGUUCUAACUCCUUCUCCCCUAAUCCCCGGCCCGAAAAGGGGCCCCCCUCUCCCGCCCUCGGGACAGGACCAAGAGAUCGCGGGUUAAUUGCUGAGGAAUAUAUAGAGGCAGGUUUGUUAAUUGAGGGCGGGGACGGAGGUUCUCAAUUCGCAGCCAAUCUAUCUGAUAAUAUACCAAACAAUGAAGUGAGUAAACCGUUUGAUAAACUACCUGUGCAGACGGAGGCGGGUAGACGGGCUCAUGCGACCGUGCGCAACAACUUGCUUUGUAUUGAACCACUUAGAAUAACUAUCCCGUUUUGGCAGUGUUGGCAUCUAGAAGGCCCGAACCUGGAGGAGGAAGUAGACGAAGUUAACGAGUAUAUAUGUGUCAUGGAUAUUUCCCAGGUGCCGAAUGUUGUCCGAAAUCUGUAUCUCCUAGGAUACUCUCUCCACGGAGCUCCUCUCUCCACGAAGCUCCUCUCUCUACGGAGCCAUUCUCUCCUCGAAGAGUCUCUUCACGGAGCCAUUCUCUCUACAGAGCUCCUCUCUCCUCGAAUAUUCUCUCCACAGAGCUCCUCUCUCCUCGAAGAGUCUCUCCACGGAGCCUCUCGCUCCUCGGCGAUCUAUUAUUAUUAUUAUUUUCAUAGACUGUCCUACUGGAAGUCUAACUUCGUAGAAGAUUUAAUAAAUGUUUCCAAUGGACACCAUGCGACCCCUUCUGUAAGCGAAGCCAUCUUGUCGCUUAGUCUUGCUCAUUCUUGCUCGGGGCUUGCUCAGGGCUGCUCAGCGUCACUCAAGGUCCUAGAAAUAGGACCCUCCAGGUUUCCACGCCUCAUCUCCCAAUCCUUGCACCCACGUGACCUUGCACUGCUACUAACCCGGUCGUCACCGGGCGAAUCGAAACUUUGCUACGCGUUAACGGUCGUGACGCACGAACUUGACGCAUCCGUAGCCGCUCGGCGGCAGAGAGGCACGCAGAAAAGAGGACCUUAUACUAGCGAGAAUGUCUUCCACCUCAAGGCUUUCUUGCCUAAUCGAGUAGUCAAGGAUCGGUAG